UGACCAUCUAACUCUUCUUCAUGUCUCGUAGUUUGCUUGAGAAGGUUAUAAGACUCUGCGAAACCCGUGGAUUUUCAAUGGAAUCCUGCGUUGAAGGAUCAGUUGGAACAACGUACACUUACCAAUUUGGACCUCUCGGCACAGAGCUGAGGCGUAACUUGAGAAAUUCUUGGUGGUGUGAUGUGGUGCAAUCAAAAGCAAACAUUUAUGGCUUUGAAACGACUGGAGAAAUUAUCCAUACACUCAAUGGUCAAAAUGGAUCGUCUGCCCGUAGUUAUGUGGGAAAUGAACACGAUAAAGGGAACGUGAUCAGUGAUCUUGGGAAAAGUGAGAAGCCGACAAAUCCAAUCAAGUGGACUUCAGAGAAUGCCAACUUUCUUACCUCAUUGGUAAGGUUCAUCCCUGGGAUCCAAAAACCUUUUGGGAUUGCAAGAAACAGAAAAUACUUUGGAAAGCCAGAAAGCGAUAAAUAUAUUUUUAGGUAUGCCAUCUACUAGACAAGUGAAGCUAAGACUGUAGGUGGAUGAAUGAUAAUUAUAGCACAAUGCUUCGUGCUGUGACCAGUGCGGAGGCAAUCAAGGCAGUCUUCUUUUUUUUCUCGGUUUCUUUGUGCAUACUGUACCUUGUUAACAAAUAAUAGGCCCUUUGAAUCUAGUUAUUCGUGUGGUAUAUAACUGCGAUACUAGAGAGCAAGAGAUGUACUGGAUGGAACAAGACAAAUAAAGGAAAAUUUUAAAUGAUCUAAGCCUUUUGUUUGUCUCGUCCAAGUGCGUCCCGUGCUCUCCAGUAUGGCAGUUUUUUGCCACGACAUGAAUGAGUAGCUGAAAAGAACCUUGCCUAGUCCCUAGGCCUCAUUAUUAUGCGCAGCCGAUGCGUUUCGGGUCACGUGGUCCGAGAAAGUUUUUGAGGCCAAGGCAAACUCGUAGAAGUGAGACAUUUUGUCUCACUUGGGGUGGAGCUUUUGGAAGUGGGCGAGCUGUCAAUAACUUUUCCACGUUGAUGAAAGAUGUCCAGCAGCCAUAGAGAGUACAGAGGAUAAAGAGUUAAACCUAGCAUUUUUAUUCUAUGCACGUUUUCAUCGUUGAAAGUCCUUUGACCUUUCUUUUUCAUUUAUCUCAUUAAACUAAUUUGAACUUUAUUUCGUCUCAAAAACUUUUUGUAGGCUAAGCAAAACAGUGUCGCAAAAAAUAUGUUUGAUCAAGAAUCGGAAUGUAAGCUAAAGAAAUUAGUUUAUAUUUAUUCUUGGAUAUAAAAAGCUAUCUUUUGUUUUUCUAUUUUCGCUUGUUCCUAUAAAUUUCUCGUUAUCAUUUCACUUCAAAAUAUUUUAUGUAAUUUAAUUUUUGGAUUUGGAAGCUUACGAAACUAAUCUGACAGGCUGUUGAAUUUGGUCUCUAAAUUUAGUAGAAUGUCAACAAACUACUGUUUAAAAUCUUUUUAUCAAUAAAGAAAUAUCAUUUUAAUGGUUCAUUUGGAAAUGAACUAAAAGAGAAAGUACUCAAGCACGUUAUACAGUAGUGAGUAUUCUUUCCGAUUCAAAGUAAUAUUUUUGUUCUUUAAUAACAGAAACCAGGUUAGUGCCGAUCUUUAAGCGAAGGAUAUUCACGCGCAAAGUUAUUUAUAGAUUAUUUUAGUUGAACGUGGGAACUUUUCAAAAAUGCAAAAAUGCUCACGUUUGCGCACCCCGAGAUUGUCUAGGCGUCUCCCGGCCAUUCGUCUCGGAUACGUCACCGAAACGCAUUGACUGAGAGGGCUUGUAAAGAUGCCGUAUAGGGACUAGGCAACAAAGAACCGAUCAUUACUAUCUCAGUGAGAAUUUGCAUCUGGCUACAGCACUUGCAAAAUUUGUUUCACCAUUUAUAUACUAACUGAUUGCAUGGUCUUGAUAAGUGUCGUUGAGAGUCUUUGACUUUUAUUAUGCUAUUUUUAUUGGUGCUAAUGAAAUUGGGAGACAGUUGAGCAAGGAAAACUGUUUUAAACCAAUCAGUUUGUCUUGAAAUCUUUCUUUCUGUAAAUGAGGUGGACAUGAAUUGAAAUAAAUGAAAUGAAUCAUAUUUUGAACUGUGAAUAAAAAGAUGAAAGUGUACAUGAUCUUCACAGUAGAUUGAACAACUUUCCUGGCUGAAAAAGAAGCUAGAAAAAUUUCAGGCUCGACUUGGGAUUUAAUCCUGAUGUUUGUGAUGACCAGAUGGAACGCUCUAUCCAUUGAGCUAAUCAAGCUAACUGGAGAGCAGGCCAUUGUGAGUUAUGUUGUGUCCGGUCAUCGCAUAGGUCAUCCUUAUAAAGGCUUCAAAUUUAAAGUUUGUCCCCUCACAUUGAUAUCUUUCUCAAUGUAGAUCUUGUGUAAUGGAGGAAAUGUUUCUUCAGUUCAUUUGUGCUGAAAACAGAGUAAAUGAUUGGAUAAAUCAUUGGAAAAGGCAGAGGCUUGUUUGGUGGAGAAGAUUUGCCAACACUCGCUCAAAUUACAGUUUGUAUGAAGAACAGGUAGAUCUUGAAGCUGGUUUGACCAGUCAAACUUCUGUACAGGUGAGGUUACCAAGUACAAACUAGGGAGGGACACUUGCAUGAACAGUACCCAUGCCUUCUGCCUUCUGCCUUCUGCCUUCAGUCUUGGCAAAUAACACCCUCCUCCAUCCAUAAUUCUUGUAUCAUAUCAAAGCUGAAUCCAAUGAUUCCUCAUCAUUUUCCAGUGUUUGUUGUAUAGGAGUUCUGUUGUCUGACAAAGUUUUGGCAGGUCUUUACAAUACAUCUAAUACUAAUUCAUUAUAUAUUGCAUUACACUUAGCUCUAAAGCACUUACAAAAAAAAAUCAUGGUUGUAUGGGAUUCAAACCCUUGACCUCUGUGAUACCGGUGCAGCGCUCCACCAAUUGACCUAACAAGUGAACUGGCAGCAGGUUGUUGAAUAGUUCAACAACCUGCUCCCAGUUCACAGGUCUAUAACAAACCAAUUAUUGGUUUGUUAUAGACCUGUGAAGUGAAAGGAUGGAUGAUGAGUUAUGAAUAUUGGUUCAUAUAUUCAUGACUCAUCAUCUUCCUUUCACAGGUUUAUAAUGAAGCAAUUCCAUGACUUGCUCCCAGGCGGCUUGUUAGCUCAGUUGGUAGAGUGCUGCACCAGUAUCACAGAGGUCAAGGGUUCAAAUCCCGUACAGGCCUAAGUUUUUUUUCUCAGGGUUUCUUUUGGCAACUACAAAAGUUGCGUCUAUAUUAAACUGCGGUGAUCUUCUUUUCUAUAAUAAUUACAAUUUUAUUCUUCACCCCGCAGUUCUCAUUUAUGAUUUUGUUAUAUUCAUAACUCAACAUCAUCAUUAUUUAUCAUCAUCAUCAUCAUCAUCAUCAUCAUGUUAACAAUGCUUUCAUUUCUUUCCAGUAUGCAUUUCCAUGGGGACAGGAAACAGUUGAUUCCAUGAUUGUUAUAUCUGACCUUCAUCAACACAUGGACACCAAGCAAUGUAGUGAACUUCCCUUUAGUGAAGAAUCAAAGUUGCAUGCCAUCCAGAUCAAAACCGACCUUAAUAGAGGUAUAAGAAAAUGUCCUGGCCAACUCACCAGGUGCCAGUUCAAAAGGUGGAUAGCGCUAUCCAGUGAAUGAAUAACUAUCCAGUCAAUAAUGCAUUUGGUUCUCGUGCGACUUAACUGCUGGAUAGUGAUUUAUCCCGUCAAUAGCGCUAUCCAACUUUUGAACAACUGGGGCCAGGCCUCAAGUGUAAAAUUGGAUAGCGUAAACUGACACUUGUAAGCCCUGAGCUCUCUAAGGUGUUUUAGGAGGGCUUGCAAACAGAGGGGCUUAUAUCUCAGGGGGUCUAUAUUAGAAAAAGAGCGCUUCAAAACAAGCUAUAGCAGUGCUGAUCAAAAGACGUUUUGCAGUUACUGGUUAUUUGAACUUCAAAACUCCAUAAUAAAUCGAUUUUAUUUCAAUGCAAGCUAGAUGGUGGGGGGGGACUUAUAUCAGGGCUGGGGGGUUAUAAUAAAUUGCUUGAUGUAUUCUUUUGUUGACAGGUUGAUGACCUUAUAAGUGGGAGGAGGGGGGCUUAUAAGUGAAAGUUUAAGACAGAAUCCAUUAGGAAAUUGAGUAAUUUUAAUUUUCAGUGGACAAAAACGUUGUGUCAGAAUAAAUUUAAACAAUAUCUCACUCUUUUUUUUACACUUUUCAAGGGCUAUAGGUAUAACUAGUUAUCUGUAAUAACACCAAAGACAAUUUCUCAUGAGAGCUUGAGAAAAUAUAUGUCAUAUUUCACACAAAAUGUGAAAACACAGAUAAAUUGUGAAAAUUUCAUGUGUAAGAUGUCAUUUUGUGAAAUUUGAAAUUUGUUUUCAUGGGCGCCCAUAAGAAAUUUUCUUUGGUGUUAUUACAGAUAACUAAUUUAAUAUGCCUAUAGCCCUUGAAAAAUGUGAUAAAGAAUGCAAUAUGAUUAAAAUUAUUCUCGUUCAAAGUCCAAUGCAAUUUAUGAUUAAAAUUAUUUUUCUACAAUAUCUAUAUUGAAUUUUUGUCCAGGGAAUUUUACGUAGGUCAGACAGUUUGUCAAUGUUAGGCUAACAAGUCAAGUUUACAAAAAACCAAAAGUGCCCAUGGGCUCCUAAUUCAUCUUUUAUCUUUUUUAGGUUUGCUAAUCCUUGCCUUCUUUUCUAUUUGAUGUGUUAUAUAUACCCACCCUUUUAAUGUUUUGAGCUUUAAUAGUUUUCAUCAUUUUAAGGUCUUUUAACGGUAAACUUAAUUUUGAUGAAUUUUGCAGCUGCUUAAAGGUUAUCUUCACACUACACUGGAUGGUUUUCGUGCAGACACGAAAAGCUAUCGUAUAUAGUAUGAACAGCAUUCUCCAAACUUGUUUUUCUCUCCAAAAAAGAGCACAGUGAAGUUAGACUGCAAAACAGCCCGUAUUUUUCUGUAUUCAAGUUCGCGCGAGCAGUCAAACAAAAGGUCUGGACUCGUGCGCUUCGCGCGGAAGACUCCUACGCCACGCUUUACCGAUUUCUUUACUGAUUUUGAGAAAACACCCGACUGUUUUGCAGUCUACGGUGAAACCUGCGGAGGAGGAUAAUCCGGCAUGACGUUCGUGCCGGCGAAAGAGCUAUCCGGUUCGCUCUGAACAUAGCCUAAAAGUACGGCUGUUUUGCAGUAUGUAUGUGUUCGAGCGUUUUUAACAUGCACCCUCUGCUCUUAUUAAAGGAUUUCUUUCGUUUUUGAUGGAUGCAUACCUGGAAAAGGAGCGUUCAAACGAGAGUGGCAAUGUGGACGUGUACACAGUGCUUCAUCUGCACCCACGUCUGGCUCCUAUUAAGGUGGCUGUUGUUUGUCAAACACCGCAACAAAAGGAGCAUUGUGAUGUGGCACUACAGCUGUCAUCAGAACUUAGAGAAGCAGGUAAGUGAAAGAGAGAUUGGCGAUUUUGACCAUUAGCGCGAGAUUUGUGUUAUGUAGCAUAGCACUAUGCAGUUCUAGAUCGAGACCUUGAGGACACCCGGUCAUCCAGACCCUGAGAUAAGCGGGGAGCCUGGUCUACAAAAUUGUUAUUUCGCCCCCCCGGGCCUCAGUUUGGUCUACAAAUAAUUGGGGGGGGCGACCCCUCCCCUGGAUCCGCCUCUGCUAUGGUCGACUGAUAUAGAAUAUCGUAAACUUCAGCUGUUAACCCCCCCACUUACAAGUCCCCCCCCCCCAGUAAGAGGCCUAACUACCUGUAAACAAAAAAAAAAUACAUCCGUUUAUAGGCCCCACUCGGAUAUAAGUUCCCCCUCAAGCUUCUAUUAAAAUGAAUUUGCUUUCCUACGACGGUUCGAAGCUUAAAAAGCCAGUAAAUUCAGAAAGUGGUGAUCAGCACUGCUAUGUAGCAUGUUUUGAAAGGCAGUCCGUUUACAAGCCAAACCCCCCUCCCCCGGAGAUAAGCCCUCCUAAAACCCUUCACAAAGUUUUAGAAAACCAGGGCUUAUAAGGGGAAAGUGCGCGCGUACGACGGCGACGGCAGUGAGAACGGCAAAAAAUCAAUAGGUUAAGAUAAGCAAAACAACAACUCUGCGCGUUUUUUUGUACAUUUCUUUGCCGUUACUGCACGAUUACGGCGUGAAAAAGCCUAAUUUUGCGUUUUGUGGAGACCGUGAACACAAGACAACGACUUUCUUUUGCUUUUUCUUCACUUCGACACAUUCCUUUAGAAUUCAUCUUCAGAAAAACUUGCCAUCGGUUGACGAAUUGAACGAGAAGGAAUAAGCGCGAUAAAGUUUGAAAUAGCGCGAAUUUGCUUUUUAAGUGACGUUAUCAUACAGGCCGUCGUCUUCCUUUUUCUUUUUCGUAUUUCUGAUGAGUGCGUAAAUAUCGCACGAAGCACUUUCCAAGUGGUAUUGUUUUUAUUUUUAUUAUAUACAUAAUUUCAGAACUUUUCAAAAAUAAUUAAUGUUGAAGUGAUAAAAUUUGUCACCACACAUCGCGAAAUUAAAAGUACCGAUUAAAAGUGCAACUUAAGCUUACGCCUUGUUCUGUUCCCCCGCCCCUGUUUUUGCCGGCUCUCUUCAAUAUAUGAAACUAUUCCACUUCAACUUGUUUUUCUUUUCUACGAGACAGAAUUCUACUUUAUAGUCUCAACAUACAGAUUUUCUCGUUGAAUGUAUGUGAAGCAACUUACAUAGUGAGGGCGAUGCAAGAUACAAGCGCCGAUAAAAGUCGGGAAUUUUGCCGCGAAACUCCUACACCUCUGUGGCUUUUGAUUGGACGUAUAAUUUUUUUCACAUGUAAAAAACAUCGUUCGCGAUUCAGAUAGGACUGUUCGUUUUUCUCACUUACGAAAAACACCGUUCGCUCCUCUGACUACCUAGAAUUUAUUGGCCUACGAAAAUCUACGACGUAGGUUUUCACUGAGUAUAUCUCAGUUCUCAGUACACAUGUAUGUGUAUAAUAAUUUUGUGGAUGCUCCUGCUUCUUUUAUUUGCUAUUGCGAGAUAUGCGCGCCACUACAUGGCCAAUAGGACUUCUUCCUUACGGGAUCAUGGCAAGAAAUACAGAGAAAUACAGGUCCACAGUGGAGGAUCCAGGCCUUCAGAUGGGUGGGGCGGGGAGGGGGGAGAGGCGGUCGCGAACAAAAUUUUUUACGGCCUUUUGAGCCUCAGUUUGGUCUAAAAUAAGGGGGGCGGAACCUCCGGGCCCCUCCCCUUGAUCGGCCACCGGUCCACCUUGCCCGCUCGAGUAACCAAUCAAAAAACAAGAUUGGUUCAUUUGGCACGCUUAGCCUUCAGAGCAGGCGCUAUUUGUUGGCGUUUUUCGGGCGAGCGAAGCACGAAACUGGCGUAGAGCGCGAGACACGCGCGGUGGGGGAAGGCGCGGAAAAAAUGACGCCUGUCCACACGCCACUGUUUGUUCCAUUCCAUUUUACCUUUUCUGCGCCUUUCGCCAUCGCGCGUGUCUCGCGUUCCUCGCUCGCUUUGCGCUUUCCUUCGUUCGCCCUCGAAACCAGCCUUAUAAAUAAUAGGGUGACAUAAUGAAGGAUGUUAUUCAUCCUGUUGAAUGACUGUUCUGCUUUCAAUUGAUAUUUUUAGGUAUCACCACUCAUUGCCUAUUGCAAGGCAGUACAAAUGAGUGCUACGCUUACCAUGACGAAAUUGGGACCCCAUACUGUGUUACAAUCAUUGAUUCAACACUGAGCAAUGGAAUAGUCAUGUUUAGAAGCAGGAACACUACUCUGCAGGAAUUUAUGCAUGUCUCCGACGUUGUUAGCACCGUCAGAAAACACCUUGGAUUGAGUCCGUAAUGUGACAAAACGAGGUGUUUUUGGA